AGAUCUGCCCCGUCUCUCACUCGAAGAUGUGAAGCGGGAAAUCUUACAAGAAGAUUUCCGCCGUCGCGAAUUGGCGGGUUCCGAUGGAGUGCAACCUUGGAGAGACCAGCAAGGCGUGUGAACCCAAGGAGAGUGGUGCAGCAGCCAAAGGUGGUGGAAAUGAGGAGGAGAAGCCUAAGAUCAGCAAAGCAGCAGAGGCGAAGGAGAAAGGAGAGAGCUUGUGGGGCACGAUUGCGAGUGCCGCUUUCUCCAACCCGACUUCUGCUACGGGAGAGUGUGAUUGGCUGACCUUGCAUCGGCGAAUGGGGCAUGUGGCAUUGCCCAUUUUGCAGCAGAUUGUUAAGCAAGAGAUGGGCCCCAAUGGGAAGGAGUGGAAGAAGGCCUCAGAUGAAGAAAUGGGGAGCAUCAUCGAGAACAACACGUUUGACUUGGUGAACCUACCUCCGGGGCGUAAGGCGAUUUCUUCCAAGUGGCUCUUCAAGCGCAAGACCGACGCCGACGGCAACAUUGAGCGCUACAAGAGCAGACUUCCAGAGGGGUACAAUGAUGGGAGUGGCAGAGUGUGGAAGCUGAAGAAAGCACUCUAUGGCCUCAAGCAAGCCCCUAGGCAAUGGUACGUCAAGCUGCGGGAAGUCUUGGAGGCGAUCAGCUUCACUCCCUCAACGGCCGAUCAAUCGUUGUUCAUGCUUGGCGAGGGGGAGCAGAGGAGCUUCAUGGUGGUUUAUGUGGAUGACAUCCUCAUAUUCUCACCCUCCUCUGACCUUGUGAAGGAGGUGAUGCUGAAGCUUCAAGACAAGUUCAAGUGCAAAACCCUUGGUGACGUCAACUACUACCUUGGGCUUCACAUUGAGCGAGAUGUGGAGAAGCGGUGAAUGCGAGUGCAUCAAAAGAAGUACUUGGAGGCCUUGGCUGCAAACUUUGGGAAGAGUGAAGGUCACGUGGCUACUCCUCUUCCCUCAGGGUUCAAGUGUGUGAAAGGACCAGUGGAGGAAAGUGUUGGUGAAGAGGAGAGGCGCCGUUUUCACUCCUUGGUGGGCAGCCUCAUAUAUGCGGCCGUUCACACAAGGCCGGAUGCAGCCUUUGCUACCGGGCAGCUUGCUAGGGUUGGCCAAUGCCCUAAUGAAGAGCAGGUAGCUGCUGGAGAGAGGGUGGCCAAGUAUCUUGGCCAAACAGCAACUGUUGGACUGCAAUACUCCGCGGCGGCACAAAGGCGUCAAAAGGAUCCAAGAACAAGAGCUCAAGAUUUCAAGCCCAAGGGACGCGGAUAAAUAUUAAAUAGUGAAAAUAGUA